AUGAGGUCAAUGAUUAAAAUUCUUCAUAUUCUUUCUUCAACUCCCAUCUCUACUCCUUUGAGUUCCAUUCGCAAUAUUCUUCAAGUGUUCCUUGAUUAUCCUAAUAGAGAGGCCCACUUUGUAAUUGGACCGAAUGGCUAUGGUAAUUUUGACAACUUUAUUUCUUCAUAAAUAAAUCCUAAAUUUUAGAAUUAGUUAUCCUAUCUAAACUCCACAAAAUGGCCCAAUAUUGAAGUAGGAUUUCAAAAUGUUAUUGCGAAAUUUUGUGCACAAUCAAUUAGAUUGUAAACCCAUUUUGGUCUUUUUUUUCUCAAUAUCCUUUAAGUUUCCAAAAAUAUUUAUCUUACUUUUUUUUUUAGGAAUUUAAAAAUUAAGCAGAGGUAUUGUUGUGAAAUGAAUACUGCAUAUGUUGAUAAAACUUAAUAUUAGCUAUCUUUAGUUGAUUUUCAUAAGAAUGAUUCUAAUUCCCACUAACAUAUUCAGAAAUAACAAGUCAAAAAAAUUUAUUGUCAAUAUUGA